ACGAACUUAUACUUGCUUUUAGGAACAUCAUUCUGAAUGUUCAUUCAGCUGCAACUGAGAUGAGCAGGCAUAUGCAUUUAAAAAUUGCACUAGUAUUCAUUUACAUACUUGUGCACUUGCACUGGAGCUGCACUGCAGAUAUAUGUCAAGAAGAUGACGACUGCAAAAAUCAAGACGUGUAUGACAAAACCGUGACAGCAAUUCCUGAAAAACUAAAAGAUGGAGCCGAUGAAAUAUUUUUUGUAAACAGUCAGAUUCCUGUGAUACCAAAAGGAGUUCUUUCUAAAAACCCUCAAAUAAAGAAAAUCGAAUUUCUUGGUACUUCAACUCACUCUGUAGAGGUUGGAGCCUUUGAGGGUUUGCCUGAUAUCACGAUCAUUGAGAUAUCUAUCACAAAUGUGACAUCAUUACCUGUGGGUGUUUUUAAGGAUCUCAACAACCUUCUAAAACUUAUUUUAAAAAAUAACAAAAUACAUAGCCUUGAAAACGGGUUAUUUGAUGAUUUAAAAAAGCUUGAGGAAUUACAUCUACAUAUGAAUGAGAUCAGUACCAUUGAGGAGGGGACAUUUGACAAUUUAGAGAAACUCUUGACUCUUCAUCUUGCAAAAAACAACCUUAGUUCCGUAUCGACAUCUCUUUUUUCCAAUCUUAAGAGCUUGAACAUUUUCAGGCUUUAUGAGAACCAGUUGACUGCUCUACCUGAUGGGAUUUUUGAUAAUCUCCCUGAUUUGGAAGAGAUAGCCUUGCAACGCAACCAAAUCUCCUAUAUACAAUCAAAUUUAUUUCCACACAAAAGUAAAUUAACAAAACUCUAUUUGGACAAUAAUCUUUUAACAGAACUGCAGCCAGAUCUAUUUGUUGGUUUUUCUUUAUUACAGAGUCUAACUCUAAACAAAAAUCAACUCACCAGUCUUCCCAACGUCCUUUUUGGAGAAACGCUCAAAAUAACUGAAUUAAGUCUAAGCCAUAACAAUCUCACUCACUUACCAACUGGAGUUUUCAGUCCACUUAAGAAGCUAAAGAAGUUAGACCUUUCCUCAAACCAGUUUUCAAUUAUAUCUGCAGACUUUUUUGAAGGUCUUGAGAAACUGACUGAUCUGAAUUUACAAAAUAACAGUAUAGAGUCAUUAAAACAAGAGGACUUUAAAAAACUAAAGUCUCUUUCAACGCUCAAACUGGGAAAUAAUGAACUACAAAACCUCCCUGGCGAUGUUUUUGAUUCUCUUCCAAAACUCAGUAAACUGUACCUGAAUGAGAACCCAUGGAAGUGUGACUGUAACCUGUUGCCAUUCUAUGAAUGGAUGAAGAACAAUAAGGGCAAGAUUAAAUCAAAACCUCCAGAAGUUUGCGAGUUACCAAAAGAUCUGCUAAAUCAAUUAAUCAUCUCUUUAACAGAAGAACAAUUAAUAUGCCUCACAACUUCACCAACUACCACCCCUCUCCUUACAAGUACCGUUCCCAUGACCACACUGCACACCACAACUGCCUCAACAACAAAGUUAACCUCAACGACAGCAGCACCUACAACAACUACUGCUUUACAGACGACAACCACACCUACUCCAACAACAAUACCAACAACAACUCAACCAACUACAACACAGACAACCCCCACAGCACCAACUACUCAACUCACAACUUUGCUACUAACCACAACCACACUACCUACCACCACUGCUACAACUACAGCUCCGACAACUACAUCAGUCCGAACCACAGCAUCAACAACUACACUACAGCCAACAACUGCCCACCUGACAACUGCAUUGAUUCCCACCACAACGACAGUACAAACAACAACUUCAGCGACCACCACUUCUACAACCACGGUACCAUCAACAACGGCCCAUGUGACAACUACAGUGACUCCCACCACAUCAACUUCGACAAUCCGAACUACAAUUGCAACAACUUUAGCCACUACAACUAUAUUAAUCCCAACCACUAUUACAAGUCAAAAAACAACAGCAACUACCUUACCAUCCAGCACAACUACAAGGAAAACGACACCUUUUCUUACCACACAUAUUAGUUUCAUCUGUACCGGCUCUCCUCAGGCCCCUCUCUCAACACCUACUACCACCAACAAGUACUCAUCAUGCAAGGAACUGAUGAUAUAUUAUACUACAAUGCUGCUGGUGGAAAUCUGCUGUACUAUGGUGCUGGCCAAAUUCACUUAUUCACUAUACUGCUCUCUGGAGCAAAGGGAGAGACUACACACCCAGGUAAACUUGACUCACUUCUCCUAUAUUAAGUCUAUUGUACUCCGACCAGUUGAUGAGACAGAGACUGUAGCUCUUUGAUCUUUUUUUUUUUUCUUUUUUUUUUAAGUUUGAGUAGCACCUGGUGGUGGUCACUUAUUAGAGUCUUAGAGCACUCUUACUGUUCCUCAGAGGAAUUGUUUUACAAACUGUCUAUAAUUGAUGCUUAAUGCUUUCAUUUUAUAACAAUGUACAAUAGUGUCCACAAGUCUGAAUCCUUUACCUCUGUUUUACUAUUAAAAUAUUACUUUUUAUAUUCUAUAAUUCUAUCAUAUAAUGCAUUGUAUACAUUAUGUAAUAUGUCAUCAGCAGAACAAUUUAAGUGAAGAAUUUAAUUAAAAACAUGUACAUUUAAAAAUUGUUAGUAUUUAGUAAGUUGCCCUUUGACAGCAGCACUUUAACUGCAUAAGUUGGUGUAAAACAUGAUGAUCCAAAGAGUAUCUUGUGUGCCUCAGUGAAAGCAAGAACAUCUGACCUUUCAAACAAAGUAGUUUAUACGGUCAAUGUUAAAAAUGUACCUAAUUAUUUUUAGGUUAUAUAUAUCUUUAUAUAACCUAUAUCUUUUGGCAGAAGGACAACCCACAAUGCUUUAUAUGAGGAUCAAAUAGCACAAUGUGUAAUGGAUCAUCUAUUGCUAGGUGUGCAUUAUAUUUUAAUGCGUGAUGUGGAGGCAAAGAACCACCUGACUUGCAGAGGUAAAAAUGGAGGUUUAAACGUGCGUGUGAUACACGAGAACCAAUGAGGAUUGUUGUAGUGAGCUUCCGCAUUAACUGUAUGUGAAGUGUUCUAUGCAUGUGUCUUUAUAGAUGAAUACAGCUUAAAUUAAAUC